AUGCAGUGCGAACUUUUGGUAGUAAGCUUUCGCCUUUCGAAAUUUCGGAAAUUUACAACUAUCCUCGUGUUUAUUUCGUUGGAUCUCAGGCGAAAAAGCGAAGUGGUAACGUCAGUUCUCAAAACAAUUGCGGUUAUGAUGAUGACAUGGGAAGCUAUCUACUUGUUGCGCACGAUCAUAUUGCAUACCGUUACGAAGUUCUGA